CGCAGAAACACAUAUUUAUUGCGCGUUGAAGAGUCAGUCGGGCACAUGUGAAAAAAAAAAAAAAAAAAAAAAAAGGCAGGAAAAAAAUGAAGUCCAUGUUUUUGUUCAUUUUCAUCAUUUGGUUUGCAGCUGCAGAGCUAAAACCCCGGAAAGGGUCCGGUGUGGUGUGUACUUUCAAAGACAAGACAUAUAUCCCAGGAGACAGCUGGCAUCCUUAUCUAGAGCCUUUUGGGUACAUGUUCUGCAUACGCUGCGUCUGCACAGAGACAGGCCAUGUGAAAUGUAACACAAUCAAGUGCCCUGUCCUGCCAUGUGAAAACCCUGUAGCUGAGCCUCAGCAAUGCUGUCCGAGAUGCACAGACGAGCCGAGGAUUCCUGCAGGGCUGAGGGCUUCGGUGAAAUCCUGCAGGUAUAAUGGGAGCAUUUAUCAGCCCGGGGAGACAUUCACCAAACACAACCUCUUCCCAUCCAAGCAAAGCAAUCAGUGUGUUAUGUGCACAUGCUCUGAUGGAAACAUCUUCUGUGCUCUGAAAACCUGCCAACCUAUCACCUGUUCCUCCCCCGCGUCUGUUCCAGAUACCUGCUGUUUGCUUUGUAAAGAUCAUGGCAUCAGUGGGUCCUCAUCAACUGAGGAUGGAAACUAUCAGCUAAACAGAGGCGUUAGGCAUUCGGUUGAUCAGUGCUCUGGAGAGCAGAGCAGGGUGCGGUCCAACCGCGCCACUGCACCCAGGACCUCUCCUAGAGGCCUGAGUCUCAGUAAACUCAACCUUAAAGGGGCUUCAGAGACCACCGUGAAGAUUUUGUUGCAGAGGAAACACCAAAGAGCGUGUUUAUACAAUGGCAAGACAUACUCUCAUGGAGACAUGUGGCACCCAGUUUUGGGUAAAGUCCUGGAAUGCAUCCUGUGCACUUGCACUGACGGCAUCUCGGACUGCAAACGCAUCACAUGUCCUACCCAGUACCCUUGCCAACAUCCUAUGAAAUCAGCGGGAAAGUGCUGCAAGACUUGUCCAGAGACUAAAGCUGAGAGUAACCAGACCCAGUGCUAUCUCGGACAUAAAAAUAACCUCUUGGUGUAUAAAGUUGAAUCAACUCUGGAUGUUGACUCACCCAACACAGUUAGGAUCAUUGCUGUUGAAAGACAAAGUACUGCUGAAGUUGAAGUACAAGUAUGGAACACUAUAGAAGGCGUUUUACAAUUAAUGGAAAUUGGCGACAUUCAAAGGAAAGACAUUUUGGAUCAUCCAGAGAACUGCACGCUGCUCACAACACUCGAUGAAGAGACAUGGAGAAAAUUUAAAGAGGAAGGAGAAAAUCUGAGUAAAGCUCCUCAGACCACGAUUUGUGAAGAUGGCAUUCGGGAGAUUGUGACUUUCCUAAAUCCUAAGCAAACUGAAGGCCUGUGUUCACCCUAAUUGUCGCUCUUUGUAUCGUUAUUCAGAAUAACUACUUGGAUGUGCAAGUCAAAUAUAUUAUCUAUACUGUUUUUAAUCCUUCAUUGAACAUCAUGUUUUAAUCAUCACAUAUUUUAGUUUUAAACUGUUAGGUUACACAGCACAGGCUGUAGCAGUGCGCUCGACAGCUGACUUGCUUAUGAUGUGUACUUGUAAUAAUUCAAAAACUAUCAUGAACUUAGCUAGGUGCUAUAAUUAUAAACGAAAGGUGAACAUGUGAAUAAGAAAUGUAGAUUUCUUCGCAGCUUCAUUCAGUUGUAAUUUUGGGACGAAGGCUUCAAAGACUGUUUUGGUAUUCACUCAGUGGGAUCAGUAUUUGUGGAAGAAAAAAAAAAGCUUUGCUUAAGUACAUGAAAGGAACUUGUAUUUUAAUAUAAGUUGGGAUAGAAGCCACAUUUUGUUUGUUUGUGUGAUCAUCAAAGUAUUUAUUGUAAAUACAGCAAGUUUUUGUCGCCUUAUUUAAAGGGUAUUGUUUCCUACAUGAUUUCUGUGUAUAUACAUGUGACUGCUUGAAUGUUUUUCUUUUUUUCUUGAAGUAGUCUGAGGCAUUACAUGGGGGUAAAUGCACAGCUUUUUGCAAUUUUGCCUUUUCUGAUGUUAGCUAAAGACCUAUUGUAGCUUCUUUUUGUAUGCAGCUGCACAGUUUGUUGUAAUAUCCUGACAUUUUACUGCUCCACGUACCUUUUGUGUAUUUUACAGUGGCUGAUGUAGUUGAAUGCACUCUGUACCACCCCUCAUGGGUAUAAAUAGCUUAAAGUUUUCUC